CGCAUUUUCCGUACACACAUCCAUGUUUACGUUUUAAGUUGCCUGGUGUCGACAUAUAUAUGUCUGACUAACGGUGCGAACCUAGUUUGUUUAUAUAUGUGCGUGGAAAGUUAUUUUUGUAUAAAUUAAAAAUGCCAAAAGUGCGUAGAAGUAAGAAACCACCACCGGAUGGUUGGGAACUAAUUGAACCAACGUUAGAGGAAUUAGAACAAAAAAUGCGAGAAGCUGAAACAGAACCUCAUGAGGGAAAACGAAAACAAGAAUCUUUAUGGCCCAUAUUUAAAAUCCAUCAUCAAAAAUCACGAUAUAUAUACGACUUAUAUUACAGACGGAAAGCUAUAAGUCGCGAAUUAUAUGAUUAUUGCCUAAAUGAAAAUAUAGCAGAUAAGAAUUUGAUAGCCAAGUGGAAGAAAGUGGGAUAUGAAAACUUAUGUUGCUUACGCUGUAUACAAACCAGAGACACUAAUUUUGGUACAAAUUGUAUUUGCAGAGUACCUAAAGGCAAACUUGAAGAAGGUAGAAUAGUAGAAUGUAUCCAUUGUGGAUGUAGAGGAUGUUCUGGAUAAAAUGUAGCAAUGAAUAUAAGAUGCGUAUUUAUGUUUAUGUUAAUGCUGAUGCAUCGAACAAUAUUAAAAACUUUAUUACAUAAUAUUAACAACCUAUGAAAGUA